ACUCUGUCUAAAGCUGCAGCUGCAUAGUGCACAGCUGUUUCAUGUUAGUUUAUAGUUGUAAUUAAUGCUUAAUUCCCGUAUUAGUUCUUUGUGUUGUGAUCAUAUUGUUAUAUUUGAUUUGUUUUGGUAAUGACUAGAAUUGGUCAUAAAGGGUUUUAUCUCUUUUUGUGAAAUAUUUGACUCGAAAGUGAUAAUAUCCUUGAAACGGUAAAAUAAGCAAACAUUUACUCAACUUUCAAGGCUGUAGUAAUAAAAGGAGUAAACGGUGACUUAUUAUGACAUAAAUAAAUCCACCAUGGUCGAGGAAAACGAUCAGCAUUAUGGAAGAACAUCGAAUAAGAACGUUUUGUUAAAGAUUGUGAUCCUUGGAGACGGUGGAGUCGGAAAGUCAUGUUUAAUGAGUAGAUUUAUAUCUAAUCACUUUGACGAUCAUAAUUUUCACACGAUAGGAGUGGAAUUUAUGAAUAAAAUGUUAGAUGUUAAUGGAAAACAAUACACAUUGCAGAUUUGGGAUACAGCUGGCCAAGAAAGAUUUAAAUCUCUUAGAACCCCAUUCUAUCGUGGUACUGAUAUAUGCAUUUUAGCGUAUGCUAUUGAUGACCGCAGUUCCUUUAAUAAUAUUAAAACAUGGUUGAAUGAGUUUUUACACUAUGCUGGAGUAAAAAAUGGAAUUGAAAAGUUUCCUUUUGUUGUUGUUGGCAAUAAGUCAGAUGUAUCUUCAAAAGACCGAGAAGUUUCUCACGAUCAACUGAAACAAUGGUGUGAGCAAAAUAAAAUUGGCACAUAUAUAGAGACAUCGGCCAAGACUGAUAAUAAUGUUGUGGAAGCAUUUUCUAUGGCCGUACAAAGAUGGGCAAAUCUCGAAGAAAAGGCCGAGAAAGAGCUCCGCAUGUUACAUCAUCCGGACACUGUUACUUUACAUGGAUCGGCGCCAUCUGGCGGCCUCCGAGCGACUUGCUGCUCCCGAUUUGUGGAUUGAUGGGAAUAUUUUUCUAUUUUUAUUUAUACGUUUCUCGUAUUCUACAAUACAUUCCAAAGACGUAUUAUCUUUUAGUAGAUUAGAGAUAGAGCACACGAUACUGAUAACUCCAAGUGAGCAAAUAUUAGUUGCCUUUCAUGUUUUAUGCUUUUAAUAUUCCAACACGAAUGUUUACUAAUUUAUUAAAUAGAUAUUUUAAUAAAAAUAAAAAGGAGGCGACGGCAGAUUUAGGUAUCUAUGGGAGUAGAAUGAGGCAGAAGAGAAGAUUGGCAUAACGUACUCCUUUUUAGUAUAUUCAUAUUUAGGUUUUACUAAUUUAUUUGUAGUGCACUAAGGUCAAUUACACUUUUAAGUACUGAUAAAGUUUUAAAAGAAUCUCGUUUAUCACUUCUAUUGUAGAGAUUAAAACUUUGUACUGCAAAGCCAAACUGAUGUUUGCAAAGUUUUAUAUAAACUUUUGUUAGUCUUCCUAUCAUGCAACAACAGUAUUUGUUAACUGAGUUUGAACUAAACUGAACAAAAUUUUUUUUUCUAAAUAUCUUUGAGUAAUAAAAUAAUAAUAUUACUUAUUAAAACUUACUUUUAAAAAAUCUGAUAGUUUUAUGAAACUGUAAAUUUAAAUCUGAAACAAUUUUGGUUGUGAUUAAUAUUCAAAGUAUUGCAACAAUUAUAUUUAUACAUUCUAAGAAUUUCAUUUCGUUUUUAAGAAUAAAACAAGUUUUAAAUAAAUGAUAACAUAUCAAUUAACUAAUGGUAUUAAAUAUAAGGAAUAUGCUUUACAUACUAAAUUUAUGUAGAUGAAGUGUCGAUCAAAGGUACAGGAUAAGUGUAGAAUGAUUUCUGUAACAUGGUCAGAAUCGCUUAUUUCAUAUGAAUGAUGCACAAUUUAAUUAACUUUCCGUACUAAAUUAACCAAUCUUAGUAUUGAAAGCAGUCUUUAUACAAGUAAAUGAAUCUUUCGGGAGCAUCAUUCUCACCAAGUGCCUAAACUGUACCAAUAGCACGAACAACUGUAUUUUAAUCUACCUCUUAAGGCCUAGUUUUAUAGAUAUUUAUGUUUUAACUUCAGGUGGUCUUGUAAACUUAUUUUGCAAGUACCGCUGCUUACGGCUUUUGUCUCAGUCGUUAACUAAUUUAAUUAUUUGUCUCGAUGCAGCUAUGUUUGAGUGACGGUUGGAUAUUGGAGCGUAAGUUUCAAUAGCCAAGGUUUUUAUAAUGACUCGUGGUUUAUUUUGUUAGUGUCUUUAAAUUAACACCAAUAAUACAUGUAGAACGUCACGUAGGUAAUUUAGAAGGUAAUAUAGUCAUAUUUACUAACUUGUAUAUCUUGGUUUGUUAAAACACUUGUCUUUGAAGCACCAGGCAAAUUACUCUGUAACUUCCAAAAGCGAUAUCUCAAUACUGGGAUUUUGUUGUCAAGGCUACAUCGGCUUUGAACGUCGAACGCAUACAUUGGAAGUUACAGAGAGGCUUUUUAUAGCAUGAAAUCGAUAAGUAAAUGCCUACCUGAUAUGCGAUCAGCAGUAUACUCACCAGACCCUUACUCCAACGGGUAGCUCAAUCUAAAGUCUCCGCUUGAGAACUAUUAAAUAUGUCUUCGAAUAGAAAAAAUCGUUUGACGGCUCUAAGAAUACGUUUGGAAUUCAGGCUACAAUAUUAUUUUGUUGGGAAUUUUAGCAUAGGUCUUUAAUUCAUUGCGCAUCGUAACAUAAUAUAUAUAUAUAUAUAUAGAUUAUAAAAGUCCUGCUAUGAUAAUAACAAUUGUUUGUGGCACAAAUAAAUGGAUGUUAAUAAAAGAUUGUCUUUAAGAUAGCAUUGUCAGGAGCAUGUGAUUAAAACUUUAGAAUUGGUAUUUGAUGAAUAUUUUACAAAAGUUUAUUAGUUUAGUCUAUGUUUUAUAUUAAUUUGCACAAAUGCACUUAUUUCUAGUUGUUAAGCUGUGAUACAUGUUAUGGAGUACAGAAUAAAUUAUUGAAAAAAUGUU